AUGACAGUAGUUAUAAAACCAUUUGGAUUUAACCAGUUCAAAGAUCUUUGCGAUCCAUCAACUCUUGAUUGCGAUAACUAUGCGUUCAAUCUCAUAGUCAACCAGGAAUUAUCGGGAAUUCUCCAACAACUCUGUGGCCAGACGGUCAUACUUGCGAAUCCCAAAAUUCGCAAGCGUGCGCUCAAAGAAGAGGUUUGUCAAUUUCUGAGGUCACAAGGGCACAUUUGUGUACCUUCAGAGCAGGACAAAGAUUACCUGACGGCAGACUGUACCAAACAGGUACCCACACAACUGUUAGUCGAAUGCCUUGUCCAACUGAACGUUCCAUUUAGACGAUGCACCAACUUUGGUCAGAAGGAGAAGACGGACAAGUUUGUCACUUUCGAACGAGCUAUUGCAGCAUGCACAGCAGAAAGAAGCGGCUACCUCCACAACUAUUGGGACAUAUCGUUCUCAAAAAAGGUUCCAUAUAUUUGUGUUAUUGCUGUAGAGAACAGAUACCUGCUCCCUGCCAACCUCAAGCUCGACAGGUACCUCUUAUUCACGCCUCUUGACGAUCGACCAGCCCCGAGGUUCAAUCACGGGGGCAGCACUACCAUCAAUUUCACCAACACCGAGGGCCUGACAUCGGUAAAGGUCUAUAACUUGCUGUUCCACCUCCUCCGAGCAUGUCAUCAGUACGACUUUUCAAGAGUUCCAAUGUUAAAGAGGGGAGGCAACCAGCGACUCCGCAAUUACGGCGAAAUCCUCGUUCGCCCCAUUGAGAACAAACACAGUGCAGGACGAAAACGUUUUGAAACGAGGAUAUUAGCCAAGACCUUUGCCCGGGCUGUCGACCAGUUCCACAGACUAGAACUAUACAAGAUUGUGGAACGAAUCAAACCUGCCACACUGAUCGUCAGGAGGUUAUAUGUGGACGCCUACCUUGACAAGGUGGGUCAGAAGCUGAGGUUGGCAGAGAAGGUUCCGAAAAGUGGUGUUACACGACACCAUGGCGGUAAGAGACUCAACAACCCACAAAAACAAAUUCUGGGAGACCUAAAAAGUUUAUUUGGCUACUCCACCCACACCAGCUACAAGACGGACCCAAUAUCACCCACGGCCUGGUGGCGUACAGAGCCCAGAAGAGGUAGGAUUCUUGUGGCACCAGUGGCUACUGAUAUUUCAUAUGAAGAGGAGGAAGGAGGACAAAGAGCGAUUGCAGGUGUGCAGGCAAGAAACUGGUUCAAUGAGUAG